GGACCCUGCUGUAGCCAUCCCCAAGGGAACGCUCAUGGCCAUCUUCUGGACCACCAUUUCCUACCUAGCCAUCUCGGCCACCGUUGGCUCCUGUGUGGUUCGAGAUGCCUCCGGGAUCCUGAAUGACACGGUGACCCCCGGCUCAGGCGCCUGCGAGGGGCUGGCCUGUGGCUACGGCUGGAACUUUACCGAGUGCUCCCAGCAGCACAGCUGCCGCUACGGCCUCAUCAACCACUACCAGACCAUGAGCAUGGUGUCGGGCUUUGCACCCCUGAUCACGGCCGGCAUCUUUGGGGCCACCCUCUCCUCAUCCCUGGCCUGUCUCGUCUCUGCCGCCAAAGUUUUCCAGUGCCUGUGCCUAGACCAGCUGUACCCGCUGAUCGGCUUCUUCGGCCAAGGCUAUGGCAAGAACAAUGAGCCAGUGCGCAGCUACCUGCUGGCCUAUGCCAUUGCUGUGGCCUUCAUCAUCAUCGCUGAGCUCAACACCAUCGCCCCCAUCAUCUCCAACUUCUUCCUGUGCUCCUAUGCCCUCAUCAACUUCAGCUGCUUCCACGCCUCCAUCACCAACUCACCCGGGUGGAGACCCUCAUUCCGAUACUACAGCAAGUGGGCGGCGCUGUUUGGGGCGAUCAUCUCCGUGGUCAUCAUGUUCCUUCUCACCUGGUGGGCGGCCCUCAUCGCCAUCGGUGUGGUCCUCUUCCUCCUGCUCUAUGUGAUCUACAAGAAGCCAGAGGUGAACUGGGGCUCCUCGGUACAGGCUGGCUCCUACAACCUGGCCCUGAGCUACUCGGUGGGUCUCAACGAGGUGGAGGACCACAUCAAGAACUAUCGCCCCCAGUGCCUGGUGCUCACGGGGCCCCCCAACUUCCGCCCGGCCCUGGUGGACUUUGUGGGCACCUUCACCCGGAAUCUCAGCUUGAUGAUCUGCGGCCACGUGCUCAUUGGACCCCGCAAACAGAGGAUGCCUGAGCUCCGGCUCAUCGCCAACGGGCACACCAAGUGGCUGAACAAGAGGAAGAUCAAGGCCUUCUACUCCGACGUCAUUGCUGAGGACCUCCGCAGUGGUGUCCAGAUUCUCAUGCAGGCUGCAGGUCUCGGGAGGAUGAAGCCCAACAUUCUGGUGGUUGGGUUCAAGAAGAACUGGCAGUCGGCUAACCCGGCCACAGUGGAAGACUACAUCGGCAUCCUGCACGAUGCUUUUGAUUUCAACUACAGUGUGUGUGUCAUGAGGAUGCGUGAGGGGCUCAACAUCUCGAAGGUGAUGCAGGCGCACAUUAACCCCGUGUUUGACCCAGUGAAGGAUGGCAAGGAAGCCAGAGCCAGUGGAGCCAGGCCGUCUGUCUCCGGCACGGUGGACCCCGAGGCCCUGGUGCAGGAGGAGCAGGCCAGCACCAUCUUCCAGUCGGAGCAGGGAAAGAAGACCAUCGACAUCUACUGGCUAUUUGACGAUGGAGGCCUCACCCUCCUCAUCCCCUAUCUCCUCGGCCGCAAGAAGAGAUGGAAUAAAUGCAGGACCCGCGUGUUCGUGGGGGGCCAGAUCAACAGGCUGGACCAGGAGAGAAAGGCGAUCAUUUCUCUUCUGAGCAAGUUCCGGCUGGGAUUCCACGAAGUUCACAUCCUUCCCGACAUCAACCAGAAGCCGCGGGCUGAGCACACCAAACGGUUUGAGGACAUGAUUGCGCCCUUCCGCCUGAAUGAUGGUUUCAAAGACGAGGCCACGGUCACCGAGAUGAGGCGGGACUGCCCCUGGAAGAUCUCGGAUGAGGAGAUUAACAAGAAUAGAAUCAAGUCCCUUCGGCAGGUGAGGCUGAACGAGAUUCUGCUGGAUUACUCCCGGGAUGCCGCUCUGGUCAUCAUGUAAGUAGCACCCUGCAGAAGGAGAAGCCUGUCGCCGAGCCCAAAGGUGUCAGCUCUG